UCUGCUCUGCCUGCACUGACCCAAGCGCCACAGGCAGCGCUCGAGGCUGCAGCGAUGACGGCCGUGCAGGUGCUGGCAGGACCUACAAGGCGGCUCAUGAGACCAGCGCUCGAGCUGUGCACCUGCUUGAGGCGCCAGACCGUGCACACGGCAGCCACAGAGCAGGCCACCGUCACAUCCCUCAAGGCCAAAAAGAGGUCCUUGUUCGCUUACGAGAGGCCGGACAGGGUCUACCCGCUCCGCAAGAGACUGCUCUUCUCACACUACAGGACACUCCUUGAGACCAACCAGGUCGUCAUCUUUCUGCGGCAUGGCGACUUCGAUGUCGCCGAGUUCACUCGCCUGAGAGCAGAGGUCGCUGCCGUCAAUGCCUCUACCUAUCUCAAGUCAGCUUCUGCGCCGAGCCUGCAGACUGACGAUGCCGGCCGGUCGACGCUCCCGCCGGGCUCGCUGCCAGCGCUCACUGUCGUCAGAACGGGCUUGCUCUCGCCGCUCAUAAAGUCGAUGCCCGACCUGGACCUCAUGGCCAUCGAGCCCUUCCUGAAGGGACCCAUCGCCCUGCUGACGAUCCCGGAGCUCGACCCACCGACGCUCAAAUCGCUCAUCAGAGCCAUCACUGCCGCAUCAACCCGUCCAAACGCACGCGCGACGGCAGCUGGCAUUGCUCAGGCUAUUGGUAAGGGCAAGGCUGCCCAAACACCGGCAGCCAAGAUCGAGAAACCCGCUCGGCUGCCAGUCGUUACUUCCCUCGUGUCUCAGAGGACAAGUUCCCUUCACGACCUUAACGAACUGGCAGCUCUGCCCGAUCUGCGAACCUUGCAAGCUCAGCUCAUCGGUCUCUUGUCGUAUUCGGGACAGGCGCUGAUCCAGGUGCUGCAACAAGCCGCAGGAGGCAAUGUCGCGCUCACAUUGCGAGGGUACGAGCAAGGCCUGCAGGACGCUUCAAAGGCAAGCCGAGCAACGGCUCCGUAAGCGCGUGCAACGUGAGAUGCAUCAUGUCUCCUCGUCUGCCGCACUGGCUCGCUGGCUGGACUUUGUGCGUGUGUUUGACCAGGGAAACUCAUUCUGCCGGGCAUCGAGGGACGAGCGGCGCCUCGUACGCUGACCGAACGAGUCCCGCUGAAUAAGACUGCCCGGAUU